UGUUGCAGGCAUGCUGCAGGUCAGCGGGAUGCGUAUAUACACAUCUGAGGAGGUUGAGGCGGUCAACGGCACAGACGUUCGUCUGAGGUGCACCUUCGAGAGCUCGUCUCCCAUCAAACCCGAUGAUGUCGUCAUCACGUGGAGCUUCAGGCCACUUAAGGGGGGUCCAAGGCAGUCGGUAUUUUACUACCAAAGGAAACCAUUUCUUCCACAAGAAGGACUCUUCAGAAAGCGCAUUUCCUGGGCUGGUGACAUCAUGGGCAGCGAUGCCUCCAUCAUAAUUCGAGAGGUCAAGUUCACCUACAACGGCACUUACAUCUGCCAAGUGAAGAACCCACCCGAUGUCCACGGCCCGGAUGGAGAAAUUAAACUGAGAGUAGUUGAAACAGCCUCUUUCUCCGGACUUCUCCUGCUGGCAUUUGCCAUCGCAGCCGCCAUCUCCGGCAUAGUCAUCCUCCUCCUCAUCAUCGCAUCCUGCAGGAGAUGCAAGAGGAGGAGGCAAAGGGAGCUGGAAGGGAAUGAGGAGGCCCCGCGCAAAGAGCGAAAAGACCCCACCGCGUGGUAAGAAAAGAGACAAAAGGGAAAGAAAAAAGAAGAAUCACACACUUUCUCUCCCGUUCUCAGUCUAACUCUGGGGAUCAGGGCUUGUGGUCCUCCCUGCAGCUCUUUUCCUAUCGGACAAUUCGCUUUCUUCCUUCCUCUCCAACUACAGUCUUUGGAUCCUACAGAUUUGGACCAAUCAAAUGGGCAGCUUUUACAAAGCAGACAUAAAAUGAAAAAUGUGCCUUUGUGCUGAAAGCAGUAGACACUGACCUUUUAGCCAGACUGCUGCGAAUCACCACGCGCCUUUCUCAGAAAGGACUGUUUAAUCGCAUCAUCUUUUCCUGUUAGACUAAAUGUGCUUCCAAACACACUUCCUGUUUGGAGUAAACUUUUGAUGUAAACUUAGAACAAUGGUGUAUUCCUGUUGCUUACUUCCCUACUGAUACAUUUUAAACUCCUUCAUAGCAAUGCACCACAGCGCAUGUUUGUUAUAGUAGUUCAGCAAACAAUAGAAACAAUGCUACAAUGAAAGUGCUUCUGUUGAAUUCCUUUAAUCACCACAUGAUGGUAUUAUUGUGAAACCCACACAAAGCUGUUAUUUCAUUAGUCAUUAAUAUUGGCUGUCUGAUUCUGUCUUCCGUGGUUCAUGUGAAGCUGCAUGAGGAUGCUGGUUUACGAUUCUGUUUUGUUUUGUUCCACUGCUGAAGUGAAAUUGCUGUACUUCUCUGACAUCCCGUGUCGUCGUUAGCCUGAUUUUGUGACUGGUGUAAUAUAACCGAGGUGCUUUGCAACAAUCAAGAUCUGUUGGUGAGCUGCUUUGUUGGAAACAGACAUUUUUAACCAGCACUUUUGUAUAAAUUCAAUAACAACACAGAAACAUUAACACGAUCAGCUCUGAAUUCUUUUCUUUUGAACCAUUUUAAUGGCCUUCUGUCUGUUUCAAACAAUGAGCUAAUUAGUCAAAAAUACACUUUUUUUCUUGGGCGCUGGAGUUUUCUUUGCUUCUCUCUUGGGUUUUCAGAUCUCUCUGUAAAAGGUGCAACGAUUAUUUGUUUUUUUUCUAUGAAAUACAGUGUUACUGUAAUGCGUCACACCGCGAAAGUGUUGAGGAAGUUUUGUUCUUCUUGCUGUCACUGAUCAGAUUUAUUCAAAGUGUCUCUCCUGCUUAAAAAAAUAUGUUGUAUAAGAAGGAAAUAAUUUCACCCAAUCAGAGCUCAUGGGGGAGAAAUGUUCAUCCAGCCUUUCCUCUUAAUUUGGGACAGAUUAUUCCUAGCUGAUGCUAACCCUCUGUCCCUGCUGCUGUGUGUCUGCUUGUCUUUGUCCUUUGACCCCGCCCCCCCAAUGUGUGUGACUUGUGGCUGUGUACAUGUAUGAUUUAUAAAUGUGUCAUGCAUGAAUGCAUAUCCCCUUAUGUCUAUAUGUGCCGUGUUCGCUCGUCUCCCCCGUUCGCCUGUGUGUGCAUAUCUGUGUACGUGUUUGUCACAGCCACCCAUCGAAGGCCGUCCACCUCUACUUAUCAGAGACUUCCAUAGAGAUUGACAGUUCAGACGGCAUGGUUUCAGAUCCCAGCACCAGAGACUCGAGCUCCUCCGAGGAAGAAGGCCCGAGCUUGGAUGACGAUGAUGGUGGUGACGACUCAGAUUGAGGAGGAGAAGCUGAAGCCAGCCAGGAAGCUCGACGGAGGGAUGCAAGAUGAUACCUGCGGACCUCGCCAUCAGGCCCAGCGGGGGUCAGAUUAAAAAAGUGCUGCUGCUGAGGUUGAAUUGUGCAGUCUGUACAAAUCUGUGAGGAAAACUGAAAGUUUGAAAACUUUUCAAGCAAGCAAGCAAGCACAGAGAGGUUAGAACAAGGCUUCUGCUGAAUGAGCACAGAACAAAAGUAGAAUCGUUUUACUUGACUGAGUCCGGAAAUAUUCAUAUGUGGGGAGAAAUGUGUGAGUAAAAGUGCAGGGUUUGUGUAAGUAACCCUGAACUCUUGGCUACUGUCCUGAAGGGAAGAGGGGACAAUUCUUAAUCAAUAGCUGUCUCCUGGGUGACACGUGGAUCUUGUUACGUGUAGGAAGUCAAUACCAAAAUCAGCUGCACCAAGCAAUCGAUUUCCCUAAAGACAUUGGCGUGGAUUGUAUUUAGACAGAAAGAGAAGGACACCACUGCUGAUGAUCAGCCAUAUAUGCAGAUCUUUAUUGCACUGAGGCUUUUUUUCUUUCAUCGUCUUAAUGGAGAGUAUCUCUGGUACCCGUGGGCUAAUCUUUCACACAGUGGCUUUGUUUUACAGUUAAAUGUCAUUAAAGAUAAUGUACAGGAGGUCUUCCAUUUCAGUCGGUUAUGCACACCAUCGUGACGCCAGCCUGCGAGUGCUGGUCAGGAGUAGCUUUGUCCUACUCGAGUACACAGAGAUGCGUACAAUGUGUCAUAUCAAAUGGAGAAACAAAGCAUAAAUAUUGCUGCCAUUUUUUCUCAAGGCCAAAUAUCUGAUCCAUGAGCAAGCAGCUUCGCAUGCACCUGCCCUGAGUGUUGUGUGGGAGCGCACAGUCAGAUCUGAAAACCCUUUUGAUUUGAAAAUGAGAGCUUGUUUUUUUUCCCCCUCCAUGCGCCUGUGAAUGCAUCGUGUCUACUAACAAAUGAAUUUGCUGCCUGUCUUUCAUCCUUGUGUGACAGACUUUUUACUUCUAUGUGAAUAUUGAGCACUAUGUUUAUAGAUUUUUAUUUUCUUCUUUUGUAGAUAAAGCCAGAAAUAUUUUAUCAUGUUGUUUUAAAAAGUGUCAUUCUAUGUAUUUGUUAUAGAGCUUUUCUAAAGAAAAUAAUAAAAAAAAGAAAAUUUUCUAAUAA